CGCAUGAGGAUAUUGUUGCUAACGUGCAGUCAUAUUAUUGUCCUUAAAAAUUGAAAAUUCUCUUAUCGUCGUCUCUCCCAAACAUUUUCGUUAUCUUCUUCUCUCUGAGAAUCUUUCCUUUCUCUCUCGCGGGGUUUUGCAUCAACCACACACAAUGCAAGCUGACAGUCUAAGAAUACAUAAGCUUGCUGUUCUGCAUCCAGUGAGACCUUUCAUUACAGAUUCUUUCCCGCGCUCAAAGCUCUUCUCUUCUUUCGCUCUUAUUCCCAAAGGUUCCCGCCAACCAGCUUCCUUCCGCUUGCCUCAGAAUUCCUGCUUCAAGUGUGUGCGGUAUGACAGUCCAGUAAUGGGUGCAACGGAAUUAUCUGAUCUUGAAGAUGUGGAGUUUUUGGUGGAGAUGUGCAUUACGCAUACACUACCACCGGCUCUGACGCUUAAGCAGGGGCUGGAGAGUAUAAGUGAGGCCAUUGAAAAGUUGAAAUUAGAACCUCCACGUUCUUCCCACGGAGUUUUCAGGUUUCAGGUGGCUGUUCCCCCGAGUACAAGAGCUCUUUUGUGGUUCUGUUGUCAACCAGAGUCAUCUGAAGUGUAUCCUAUCUUUUUCCUUUCCAAUGAGAAGGACGCCACCAUUAAGUCUCUAUACUUGAAUGAUACUCGCGGUGUUUUUGGAAUUGGUACUGCAAUUUACUUUGCAAACUUGUCUUCUACUUCAUCAAAACGAAGUACAUUGAAAAGGUAUCUCAUGAAUGAUUCAGCUCCUAUUAUGGCUUAUGGUUUUGUUAACGAUAAUACCGGGGAGAUAUCUUCAUUGAAGAACGAGGCUGGUCAUUCAUGCUUUUGCAUUCCCCAAAUUGAGUUGAGUGAGUACGAGGGCAUUUCUGUUCUCUCUGCAACACUUGCUUGGAGUGAAUCUUUUCCUUGUACAUUUGAGGAAGCUAUCCAUUCUUUGGGCUCAUCUAUCUACCAGAUCAGUACUAAUUUUCCAUCUAAAGGAAACUGCCAGUACAAAUAUAUAAGAUCUUCAUUAACAGCUUCAAAACUUGUGGACAGAACAAAUCAGAUGGCAUACAUGAAAGUGCUUUCUGUAGCUGGUGAAAGUUUCAGGACUGGCAUCAUGGAAAUGGAGUCUGCACUCUCCCAUCAAUUCUGCAUUAGGGUUUCACCAAACGUUGCCGUUGCAUGUAAUAUGUUGGAUCAUAUCAACGAAAAUGUUCACUCAGAGCAAGAGCAUGCCAACAUUAAUGCUGUCUGGGCAUCGCUCAUAGUUGAAGAAUGUUCUCGUCUUGGUUUGACGUAUUUUUGCAUAGCUCCUGGAUCAAGAUCAUCCCCUCUUGCCGUCGCUGCUGCAAGUCAUCCCCUGAUAACAUGUAUCGCAUGCUUUGAUGAACGCUCUCUUGCUUUUCAUGCGAUUGGAUAUGCCAAAGGAUCUCAUAGCCCAGCAGUCGUAAUCACAUCGUCAGGCACUGCUGUUUCAAAUCUUCUUCCUGCUGUUGUUGAAGCCAGUCAAGAUUUUCUUCCUCUUUUAUUGCUCACAGCUGAUCGUCCCCUGGAGCUACAGGAUGCAGGAGCAAAUCAAGCUAUUAAUCAGGUAAACCAUUUUGGUUCAUUUGUGAGGUUCUUCUUCAGUCUUCCUGCUCCAACUGAUCAAAUUCCCGCUAGAAUGGUACUUACCACUCUUGAUUCUGCCGUACAUUGGGCAACCUCUUCACCCUGUGGCCCCGUUCACAUAAACUGUCCAUUUAGAGAGCCACUGGAAAAUAGUCCAAGUCCAUGGAAUUUGAGUUGCUUAAAUGGAUUACACAUUUGGUUAUCAAGCACCGAAGUUUUUACAAAAUAUAUUCGACUUGAAGCGUCUCCAACGUCUAUUGAUACUUUUGGUCAUAUGGCAGAGGUUUUGAAAGUAAUCCAUGGAGCCAAAAAUGGAAUUCUACUUCUUGGAUCAAUUCAAUCAGAGGAUGAGAUAUGGGCUGCUUUUCUAUUGGCCAAGCAUAUUUCAUGGCCUAUAGUGGCUGAUGUAUUAUCUGGUUUACGAUUAAGAAAGAGUUUGACUUCUUUCCUAGAAAUGGAAAAUAACUUUUUCUUUGUCGAUCACCUUGAUCAUGCAUUGCUUUCUGAUUUGGUGAGAAAAUGGCUAAAAUUUGACGUGAUUAUUCAGAUUGGAAGCAGGGUAACAAGCAAACGCAUUUCGAAGAUGCUUGAGGACUGCAGUCCCUGUUCAUACAUCAUGGUUGAUAAGUAUCCAGGUCGUCACGAUCCAUCACAUAUUGUAACCCAUAGAAUCCAAAGCACCGUCUUAGAAUUUGUUGGUUGUUUACUUAAAGCUGGUUUUCCUCUCAGUAGGAGCAAGUGGACUACUACUUUACGAGCAUUGAACAUGAUGGUUGAGUGGGAAAUACAAUUUCAAAUUUCUGCUAACUACUCUCUGUCUGAGCCACAAGUUGCUCAGGUAAUCUCAGAAGCACUUCCAUGUGAUUCUGUUCUGUUCCUGGGGAACAGCAUGCCAAUCCGUGAUGUAGAUAUGUAUGCAUAUGGUUGGUCAAAAUGCAACGACAGUGUAGCGGCUAGACAAUUAAACUUACAACUUCCAUUUUGCUGGACAUGGACUUCUGGGAAUAGAGGAGCCAGUGGUAUUGACGGACUUCUUAGCACAGCAGUUGGUUUUUCUGUCGGAUGCAACAAACGAGUGCUUUGUCUAGUUGGAGACAUUUCUUUCCUGCAUGAUACAAAUGGCUUAGCAAUUUUGAACCAGAGGAUGGCGAGGAAACCUGUGACUGUAGUUGUAAUCAAUAAUAAUGGUGGGGCAAUCUUCAGUCUCCUUCCUAUCAAGGACAAAGUAGAGGCAGCAAUACUAGACCAAUUCUUCCACACCUCUCACAAGGUUUCACUCCGAAGCCUAUGUAUGGCACAUGGCUUGAAGCAUUUACAUGUACGGACAAAGAUGGAACUUCAAGAUGCUUUAUUUCAGUCUCAUCAUGAAGAAAAUGACUGCAUAAUUGAGGUCGACAGUUCCAUUGAUGCCAAUACUACCUUCCACAGUGUCUUGAGGAAGUUCACUUGUCAAGCAGUAGAUCAUGGUUUACGCAUAUUUUCAGGACUUCAUUCUGAAGAAUCUGUUUCAUCUGGACUCUUCCUUUGCAAGAUAAGUAGAAUGGAAUGCACAUUGUUCAGAAUCCCACUAUGUGCUCCACCUACAACUGCAUCUAGUUCUAUUGAUCAAGUCAGUCGGAAGUUCUUCAGAGAAGGUUUUAUUUUGUCUUUGUAUCUGGAGGAUGGGAGUCUUGGCCUUGGUGAGAUUUCACCCCUUGACAUCCACAGAGAGAGCCUACUAGAUGUGGAAGAGCAACUUAAGUGUCUCAUUCAUAUAUUAAAGGGAGCGAAGAUCAGGAGCUCCAUUCCUCUGCUACGGGGUUCAUUUUCUUCUUGGAUUUUCCAUGAACUGGGAAUACCACCAAGUUCAAUCUAUCCAAGUGUUAGAUGUGGUUUGGAAAUGGCUGUUCUCAAUGCCAUAGCAGGGAGAAAAGGUUGCAGCUUGUUAGAUGUACUCCAGCAUCAGUUAGAUGAAGAAAAGAACUUGGCAACUUCGUCAAAAGUUCAAAUUUGUGGGCUGUUGGAUUCUGGUGGAACUCCAUCUGAGGUUGCUCAUGUUGCUAAGACACUGGCCGAAGAAGGAUUUCCCACUAUCAAGUUAAAGGUAGCCAGACAAGGGAAUGUAAUGUAUGAUGCUGCAGUUGUACAGGAAAUAAGGAAGAAGCUUGGCAACCAAAUUGAACUCCGUGUUGAUGCUAAUCGGAACUGGAGCUAUGAAGAAGCUAUUUUAUUUAGCUCUUUGGUGAAGGACUGUGGCCUGCAAUAUAUUGAGGAACCAGUUAUGGAUGAAGAUGCUAUUAUUAAAUUCUGUGAAGAGAGUGGUUUGCCUGUUGCACUGGAUGAAACUCUCGAUCAUAUUCAAGAUAAUCCUGUGAAAGAACUUGCGAAGUAUGCCCAUCCAGGAAUUGUUGCUAUAGUUAUAAAACCAAGUGUCAUUGGGGGAUUUGAAAAUGCAGCAUUGGUAGCAAGGUGGGCACAGCAACACGGAAAAAUGGCUGUUGUUAGUGCUGCAUUUGAAAGUGGUGUAGGUUUGUCUGGAUAUAUACACUUAUCCUGUUAUCUGGAGCUUCAGAAUGCAGAAGUAAGAAAACUGAUGAAUAUUCAACCAGCCCCAUCUAUAGCUCAUGGUCUAGGAACUUACCGUUGGCUUGAAGAAGAUGUAACUCUUGAUCCUCUCAGAAUUAGCCGUGACCCUCAUAGUGGCAUUGUUGAAGCAUCUGUUGCUGAGGCUAAUCGUCUUCUAAAAGGUUUUCAAAUCAACCAGAAGUUUGUUUGUAAAAAAUUUACUGAAGAGCAAGUAUGUAGGUACAAAUUAAGUGUAGACUCAAAGGGGUUCUCUUAUUCAACAAAAGUUCUAGAGGUUGGACAAAGAACAAACGAUAAUGUGCUCUUCUUUCUUCAUGGAUUUCUUGGAACUGGUGAAGACUGGAUUACAAUCAUGAAAGGCAUCUCAGGUUCAGCCAGAUGCAUUUCUCUUGACCUUCCUGGUCAUGGGGAAUCAACAACACAAAAGAAUGAUUGUGAUGUUCAUGGUGUGGAGGAACCAAGUUAUUCAAUUGAGGUUAUUGCUGAUCUACUGUACAAGUUGAUUCAUCAUCUUGCUCCUGGUAAAGGUAUAGUUAACCUUGUAGGAUAUUCAAUGGGGGCUAGGAUUGCCAUGUACAUGGCCCUGAGAUUUGGUGAUAAGAUUGGAAGAGCUGUUAUAAUAUCUGGAAGCCCUGGAUUAAAAGACAAGAUGGCAAGGAGAAUCCGUAGAGUUAAAGAUGACUCUAGAGCACGAAUCCUUAAGGUCUAUGGCUUACAAAGAUUUCUUGAGGCGUGGUAUUGUGGAGAACUAUGGAAAAGCAGUCUAAGAGAACAUCCACAUUAUAGUCAAAUUAUUGCCAGCCGAUUGAAGCAUGAUGACGUGCAGCAUCUUGCAAAAGCUCUAUCUGAUUUAAGCAUCGGAAGGCAGCCGCAAUUGUGGGAUGAAUUAAAAUGCUGCAAAAUACCUCUUUCAAUCAUUGUUGGGGAGAAGGAUACAAAAUUCAAGACAAUUGCACAGCAAAUUCUCUCUCAAAUUGAUAUGGGCAAGAAGAUCAAAGAUGAACCAGUUGUUGACCUCCACGAAAUAGUUGAGAUCCCGGACUCGGGACAUGCUGCCCAUCUGGAGAAUCCUCUUGAUGUUAUCAAUGCAUUGAGUAGAUUUCUAAUAAGGAGUAGAACACGGUGCUCUUACAAUCCGGAUUUCGCUGGUAGAGGCUAAGUUGAAAUUACGCAUGAGAGCCACCUUCUGUAAGGGCACCGCUGCCUGUGUUCGGCAUCAAAUAAGAGAGUAGGGAUUCAGAUUCUACAAAUUAGGUGGUUCCUCAAGUCCUGGACACGUCAUAUGCCAAAAUGUAUAGAUUUUUAGCGUUUUAUCAUCACAGCCUCGUAGGCAAUUAUAUGGGUCAGUCAUAUACAAAUUUCUUUUGAUUGCCUAUAAGUAUUGAUUGCUUUUCUGUUAUUUUACUAAGGGAAUGAUCUCUCUGAACUGCCUUGAAAAUCUUGUAUGUUACUGUGAACUGAUUUUACAAAGGAAUUUGAUGUACACCUAAGAGAUGAACA